AUGGGCGGUCUGGCGGCUUGCCGGGACUCGGUUUGUUCUAUCAAAGCUUACCGGCAAGGAUUAGAGGUCAAGCGAGAAUGGUUAGCUCAAAGCACACAACCUACUACGAACUCUGAUCCAAUCGUGUUCACUGAGGCCGAUGCCUCGCGGCUAACUGGGCCGCACAACGAUCCACUUGUGGUCGAGAUGGAGAUCAGUGAAAGCAUGGUCACCAAAAUCUUGAUCGAUAUAGGCAGCUCGGUAAAUGUCAUUUUUAAGGACGUGCUCAUUCAAAUGGAGGUCGACCUAUGGACUGCCGAGCACGACGUUCAACCUCUCACCGAGUUCGAUGGUGACACAGUGAUGACGGUAGGCACGAUCAUGCUACCAGUCUAUGUGGGUGGGAUGAUGCAUUGCAUCAACUUUGCUAUCAUUGACAAGCCGAUCGUAUAUAACGUCAUCCUCGGCACUCCUUGA